AAGCAAGAAAGGAUAAAUCAUCAAAACAAAAAAAAAAACUAAAGAUGAAGAUCAUAGUAGUACUCUUUGUUUCCCUUGCAAUAUUCCUUCCAUUGGCAACUUGCAACAACAACCAACUAUUGGUAGAUGUACUUGAUAUCGAUGGUAAACCCCUCAACGCAAGCCGUAGGUAUCACAUACUUCCGGCCUACAACACUAUGAGAGAUGGAGGCGUAAGCCUUGCUAAUCUCGGGGAUCAAUCACAAAACACUUGUCCAACAUCGGUCGUGCAAUCAAAAGAUGUUACAGACAAUGGUAUCGCAGUUCAUUUUAUGCCUAAAGAUCAAACAUAUGAGCAUAUUGUAGCAUACUCUCCCGUAAACAUCAGAUUCUAUCUUGAUAAUUUUAAUCCAUGUUCUAACCUAAUGGUGUGGAAGGUGGACCACCUUCGUGAAGACGUGCCGCUAAAUGGCCACACCAUUAGCACGGGUGGAGAGUUGGUAAAUCCCAUUGAUGUGAGUAGAUGGUUCCAAAUUGAGCCUGUUGCGAAUAACAAGUAUAAGCUAGUGUUUUGUCCCCGCAUAAAAUGCUACGAUAUUGGCCGUUUUCGUCAAAGUGGAUAUUAUCGUUUGGGUCUCUCGGAGAUACCAAUGUACUUUCAGUUCAAACUUCAUCCUCCCUAUGGAAAGACCCAAACUUAUUGAUCGUCAUCAUAUAUUAUAUGUAUGCCUCGAUUUACUCUCGAAUGAAAUCAUGACUAUGUAUUAUGUAAUAAUAAGGACCUUAGUCCAAAUAAUAAU